AUGGAAUCUUCUAACGCUAAUACUUCUGGUUUAAAAUACCCUGAAUACUGGAAUCGCCCAUAUUCAGCUUGGGGGACUCUUACCGCAUGGGAUAAGUUUUUUAAAGAGAAAACUCGCAAUUUAAGUUUGCAGGAUUCGCGCCUCUGUUUAACUAAUGAACUCGAAAUAUUAGAAGGGAAGUUUGGACCUUGUACAAAUCAAAGAAAAAAAGUUGUUGCUCUUCUCAGAGCUCUCAAGAAAGGAUCAGUAAGUCUUGGAAAAAGAAAAGUAGAUCACGAAAAUGAUGAUGGCAAUGUAUGUGAAGUAGAGGAACUCUACGUCGAUGUUAAUGAAUUUCCUGAGUUACUUAAGUACUGUCAAAGUAUCAAAGAAAUGCAAGAAAAUCAUAUUGAUGAGAUUUCUCAGUCGGGAAGACACCUUUCUAUACUUUUAAAGUGGUCGGUUGUAGAUAGCAAGCUUUUCAAGAUACCUGUAACUCCACCGACUAUUUCGAGACCUGCUCUUAAUCUUCAUAACCUCAAAGUCAUAUUUAAAGAAUAUCCUGGCCUACAAGCUGAUAACAUUCUGGAUGCAUUGAUUGAAGAUAAAAAAAUCGGAAUAGUCCGAACAAACGGGUGGUUGGAAUGGCUUGGCCUAAAAAAACAAAAUCAUGAUGACUACUUUCAUUCAGUAGAUACUUAUACAGCACUGUCAGCAAUCAUGUCAGUACUCCUUUAUAAUCCUGUUCAAU